AACGCUUCAGACAAAAGUACUCGUGUUCACCUCGUGCCAGCCACCAAUUCCCCAAAAAACAUUUUUUAGCGAAGAUGACGAAGAACUAUCCAACUGUUAGCGAAGAUUACCAGAAAGCUAUUGAGAAAUGCAAGAGGAAGCUUAGAGGUUUGAUCGCUGAAAAGAACUGUGCACCUAUCAUGGUUCGCCUUGCAUGGCACUCUGCUGGAACAUUUGAUUGUGCGUCAAGGACUGGUGGUCCUUUUGGAACAAUGAGGUUUGAUGAUGAGCAAGCUCAUGGAGCUAACAAUGGUAUCCACAUUGCUCUUAGGUUGUUGGAGCCUAUCAGAGAGCAGUUCCCUACCAUCUCUUUUGCUGAUUUCCAUCAGCUUGCUGGUGUUGUUGCUGUUGAAGUCACUGGUGGUCCUGAGAUUCCUUUCCACCCUGGAAGAGAGGACAAGCCACAGCCACCACCAGAGGGACGUCUCCCUGAUGCCACAAAGGGUUGUGACCAUUUGAGACAGGUGUUCACAAAGCAGAUGGGUUUAUCUGACAAGGACAUUGUUGUCUUAUCUGGUGCUCACACUCUGGGGAGAUGCCACAAGGAUAGGUCUGGAUUCGAAGGUGCUUGGACUUCAAACCCUCUUAUUUUCGACAACUCUUACUUCAAGGAACUUUUGAGCGGUGAGAAGGAAGGUCUUCUUCAGCUUGUCUCCGACAAGGCGCUCUUGGAAGAUCCUGUGUUCCGUCCUCUUGUUGAGAAAUACGCUGCUGAUGAAGACGCAUUUUUCGAUGAUUAUUCUGAGGCACACUUGAAGCUUUCUGAGCUCGGGUUUGCUGAUGCUUAA